AUGGUGGCCAAGGAUUAUCCCUUCUACCUUUCCGUCAAGAGGGCAAAUUGUGCCUUGGAGGUGCCGGCGGUCACCAGCCCAGCUAGAGAGACGGAGGAGCCCAGCAACAAACGGGUCAAGCCGCUUUCCAGAGUUACCUCACUAGCGAGUCUCAUUCCUCCUGUCCGGGCCACUCCACUGAAGCGGUUAGACGCUCCAGGUAAUCCCAGUCAGCGCGUGUCUGAAAGGGGAAUGCCUGCACACUCCCAGUCUCUCCUGGGGUCAGCAUGGGAACGUGAACUGCACCGUUCCAUCAGUUUCCGUAGUGACAGUCGCCCAGAUCUGUUCAGUCCACGACCAUGGUCUCGAAAUGUGCCUCCCGCUAACACAAAGCGGAGAGACAGCAAACUCUGGAGUGAGACCUUUGAUGUUUGUGUCAAUCAUAUGCUUACAUCUAAAGAAAUCAAGCGUCAAGAGGCUAUCUUUGAACUUUCUCAGGGAGAAGAAGACUUGAUAGAAGAUCUGAAGUUAGCAAAAAAGGCUUACCAUGACCCAAUGCUUAAACUUUCUAUAAUGACAGAGCGAGAGUUGAACCAAAUUUUUGGAACAUUGGACUCUCUAAUUCCUCUACAUGAAGAUCUUCUGAGGCGACUUCAAGAAGUCAGGAAACCUGAUGGAUCAACAGAACAUGUUGGCCAUAUCCUUGUGGGCUGGCUUCCAUGUCUAAACUCCUAUGAUAGCUACUGCAGCAAUCAAGUAGCAGCCAAAGCUUUGUUGGAUCACAAGAAACAAGAUCACAGAGUGCAAGAUUUCCUACAGCGCUGCUUAGAGUCUCCUUUCAGUCGCAAGCUGGACCUUUGGAAUUUCCUUGACAUCCCAAGAAGCCGUUUGGUUAAAUACCCAUUACUACUCAGAGAGAUUUUGAGACACACACCAAACGAUCAUCCAGAUCAGCAGCAUCUUGAAGAAGCUAUAAAUAUAAUUCAGGGCAUAGUGGCUGAAAUCAACAUAAAGACUGGUGAAUCUGAAUGCCAGUAUUACAAAGAGAGACUUAUUUAUCUUGAAGAAGGCCAAAGGGAUUCACUGAUUGAUAAUUCACGUGUUGUAUGUUGUCAUGGUGAACUGAAGAACAACAGGGGAGUGAAACUGCACGUCUUCCUUUUUGAAGAAGUGUUGGUGAUUACUCGAGCUGUUACCCAUAAUGAACAGCUCUGGUACCAGCUGUAUCGGCAGCCAAUUCCUGUGAGGGAGCUCGUGCUAGAAGACUUGCAAGAUGGAGAGGUGCGAUUGGGUGGAUCCAUACGUGGUGCAUUCAGCAACAAUGAGAGAAUCAAAAACUUCUUUAGAGUCAGCUUCAAAAAUGGAUCUCAAAGCCAGACUCACUCACUCCAAGCCAAUGACUCCUUCAACAAACAACAGUGGCUUAAUUGUAUCCGCCAGGCCAAAGAGAAAGUUACGUGUGCAGGCAAAGCUGGCAUGCUGAACUCAGAAGCACAUUUUCUUUUGUCACCAAAUGGAAGCAGAGUACCCCAGGGAGAAACCAAGCUCGAGCAAAUGGACCAAUCAGACUCUGAGUCAGACUGUAGCAUGGACACCAGUGAGAUCAGCAUCGACUGUGAACGUAUGGAACAGACAAACUCUUGUGAAAAUGAAAAGCAAAUAGAAACCAAUGUUUGACAAAAACUUCCAGUUCAUGGAAGAAAAUCUGUCUCUAACCUGUACAGUAUUUGCAUUCCACACAUGGAACUAUUUGGAGAAGCACUUUUAAAAUAUUUUUUGUGAAAAUGUCAAUGCAGUCUUUCUUGUGUUCGUACCUGUAAGUGUAGUACUGUAACUGCUGAUCUGUAUAAGCUGGAAUCUCCUGCAACUCAUUUCCUGUGAUUAUAUUCCAUAAACAUCUAAGGUGAAUGAAAGAGGUACUUGACCAGUUAUUCUCAAUGUCCUGCUGUAAAUAGAAUAUCUAAACUACUGUUUAUAUGUGCAUUGCAUAAAGAAUUGUUUCAUAAUUUUUAAAGAACUUUAUUUACCCUUUAAUUGGGCAGCUGAAGAUGUGGACUUAAUA